AAAAUAUCCGUCCAUUUGCUUCUCCUCCUUAACUCACCGUCGUUCUCAUUCUCAUCUCUUUACUUUCCCAACUACAAACGCUAAACCUCUCAACUUGCACAUAGCAGAUAUUUUUCUCAGCUAGGGUUUAUUCGGGGCAGAAGUUGAAGUGGUGGAACGCCGUGGAAGAAAGCGGAGGAUGAAGAUUCAGUGCAACGUGUGCGAGGUAGCGGAGGCGAACGUGCUCUGCUGUGCCGACGAGGCGGCGCUCUGCUGGUCCUGCGACGAGAAGGUUCACGCCGCCAAUAAGCUCGCUUCUAAGCACCAGCGAGUUCCGCUCUCUGGCUCGUCUUCGUCGAUGCCCAAGUGCGACAUCUGCCAGGAAACUGUUGGCUACUUUUUCUGUCUUGAGGAUCGAGCUCUGCUCUGCAGGAAGUGUGAUGUUGCCAUUCAUACAGCCAAUGCUUAUGUCUCUGCUCACCAAAGAUUCCUGCUUACUGGGGUGAAAGUAGGACUUGAACCUACUGAACCUGGUCCGUCUUCAUCCUUGGGGAAGUCACAGUCUGGGGAGAAAAUCUCAGAGCUGGAGUUUCUAUCUGUUUCUAGGAGAAAUCCCCAUGUGGCAUCUGAUAUUCAGUAUAAUAAAGUAUUACCAACACAAAUCACUGAGGUUGGAAAUUUUGCACCUACUAAGGCACCAUUUGCUGGUGGUUCUGCAGCUGGAAGUAUUCCACAGUGGCAGCUGGAUGAAUUUCUUGGAUUAAAUGAAUUCAAUCAGAAUUAUGGUUAUAUGGACAAUAACUCAUCUAAGGCUGAUAGUGGGAAGCUUGGAGACACUGACUGCUCCGCUACUUUGAGAGUCAAUGAGGAAGAGCUGGAUGGUGAUGAGUGCUUGGGUCCAGUGCUUGAUGCAUCCUGGGCAGUUCCACAAAUUCCUUCCCCGCCUACAGCCUCGGGACUUUAUUGGCCUAAAACUAACCAAAAUUCAUUCGAUUCUGCAGUCUUUGUGCCCGACAUAUGUUACUCCCCCAUGCAGAAUUUUGACAACCAACAGCCAAACUGUAGUAGAAUGAAACGGAGAAGACAGUACUAGUGUAUUCCCCACCACACUCAUUCAAGAAUAGGGAAUUAGGUGUUUCUCAGAAUCUGUUCUUUUUACCAAGUGUGCUUUAAUGGUAUCAGAAAUUAGGGCUUCCCACUCUUUAGCUGAAGAUAUUCAACCAUAUGCUUAUUCCUGAAAUUUAGCAUCUUGUCUGCAAGAAUCCUCUUAUUCCAUCAGUACUUAGGAUUAUCAAAUUAAGUGGAGAUCAUGUUGUUGCAACUUCAUUGUUGUUAAGGGCCAUGAAGGAGAUUAUAUCUAUACGGUGUUCCUGGAUGUUGAAAAACACAGAUCAGAAGGCUGGUUAAUUCAAGUAGAGCAUGUUCCAAGUCCUUUGUGCACCUCAUAUCUGUUGCAGGAAAUUAUUCAAAGAUUGUACAAAGCUAGAGCAUCAGACAAUUUCUCAAUGGCUAACAUGUAUAAUGUGGUUUUUCUUAUCUUUAGACUGUCUGUAGGCUUUGAAUGUUUUCCAACAAAAAAAAGGAUUCUCACUAUAGCUUGUGGUCAAUUCUUACUAUAUCCUGUUCAAUAAGAAAGCUUCUUACUGGGGAAGGCUAGCAUUUACUGCAGGAUUUGAAAAAUGAAUGGAUAUGUAAGUGGAUAGCCCUACUUUAUUUAUUCAUUUAUUCUGUCACGUUCUCUUUGUGCACUAUGUGAAUUGUGAAGUACUCUUUUU